AUGGCUUCCUCUCAGAAGAUCGUUAUGAUUCUCCUCCUCUGCGGGCUGGCCGCAGUCGCCGUCGAUGCUUGCCUGACCAGGUCGUGCGACACCUGCAAUCCUUUUGGGCCUUACUGGAACGGCCAAGGCUGCGGCAAGGGGUCCAACAUGGUGUUCAAGGAUACCAUGCCCCGGGACAGCAACUCCACGACCUGCUGUGACACAUGCGCGGACGACCCGUGCUGCCUCUUCUGGGUGUACAACCCUGUGACCAAGGAUUGCUCGGGCUACACCAACUGUAACCGCCUGGACAACCAGCCCACGGUCCGCGAGUGGUUCGGCGACUGGAAGAACAUCAGCGCUACCUGCAAGGGAUACUCCCGAUUCCCGGACGCUCAGAUUGGCUUCCCUGGCUUCUUCAACGAAAGCCGUGGCAAAAACUACACGGUUGGCGAAAACCCCCAGGUCAACGGCACCAGAUAG